ACUUGCGGAUGUAUGAGUUGCGCACAAGGGGUGGCGGUACGAGUAAAAUUUCAGAAUUGCAAUAGCAAGUCAUAUAAGGAUCAGAAAAGAAGUACAACUAUUCGGUUCCUUUAAAGAUCAGAAAAUGAACGGCUUUCACCUAUUCGCGUUUUUAAUAGGGCUGUUAAUUGCGGACAGCCAAGCAAUAAUCAGAAUUCCUCUGCACAAGAUGCGUACUGUGCGCCGCAUGUUGGCAGACAAUGGCAAGACUAUCGAUGAGAUCAAAUCUCUGGCUAAAAUGAAGGCGAAAUAUUCUGAUGGCACAUUUACCAAUCAAGGCUCCGUCACAAUACCAGCACCAACAACAACACAACUCCCACCACCUGUGGAGAAACUCACCAACUUCAUGGAUGCCCAGUAUUAUGGCAUGAUCAGUAUUGGUACGCCUCCUCAGGACUUCAGUGUGCUGUUUGACACCGGAUCAUCAAACCUCUGGGUUCCAUCUAUCCAUUGCGCCUUCCUGGACAUAGCAUGCUGGUUGCACCGUCGCUAUAACUCUAAGAAGUCAAGCACGUACGUUCAGAAUGGCACUGAGUUCUCCAUUCAGUAUGGCAGAGGGAGUCUCUCUGGCUUCAUCAGUCAGGAUACAGUCAAUUUGGCAGGGCUGAAUGUGACAGGCCAGCAGUUUGCAGAGGCGGUAAAACAGCCUGGGAUUGUGUUCGCGGUGGCACGCUUUGAUGGAGUCCUGGGCAUGGCGUACCCCGCCAUUUCUGUAGAUAGGGUCACGCCUGUGUUUGACACAGCCAUGGCUGCCAAAAUCUUGCCCCAGAAUAUCUUCUCUUUCUAUAUCAACCGGGACCCGGCCGGUGAUGUUGGAGGCGAGCUGAUGCUGGGAGGUUUUGACCAGCAGUAUUUCAACGGCGAUCUGCAUUAUGUCAACGUCACGCGAAAAGCCUACUGGCAGAUAAAAAUGGAUGAAGUCCAGGUUGGUUCCACUCUUACCCUUUGCAAAAGUGGAUGCCAGGCUAUUGUUGAUACUGGAACAUCAAUGAUCACGGGGCCCGUUCAGGAGGUGCGGGCACUGCAGAAAGCCAUCGGAGCCAUUCCACUGCUCAUGGGGGAGUACUGGAUCGACUGUAAGAAGAUUCCUACACUUCCAGUUGUUUCCUUUAGCCUUGGAGGAAAGAUGUUCAACUUAACUGGACAGGAGUAUGUCAUGAAGGUGAGUCACAUGGGUAUGAAUGUUUGUCUGUCGGGCUUCAUGGCGAUGGAUAUCCCUCCUCCUGCUGGGCCGCUGUGGAUUCUGGGAGACGUGUUCAUCGGCCGCUACUACACUGUGUUCGACAGGGAUCAGGACCGUGUAGGCUUCGCUCCAGCUAAAUGAAAAGAGUCAAUCACAUUAUAGUGCCUAAAUAAUCAUUAGGAAUAAAAAAAUACGAGAAUUCUGUCAUUUAUUGUUUCGAUUCCCUAAGACUUUUAAUUUCCUUCAGAACAAAAAUGAAAAAAAUGAAACUGAAGUUGUGUUUGCCAAAAACCAUCCAAGCUUCAGAAUAUUCUUGAAGAGAUCAAUAAGCAAAUCCAAAUGGAUUAAGUGAUUUAAUUGAGGUAUUCUAGAGAGAUGUAACAGACUGAAUACCUGGUUAAAGUUAACAGCGUUAUAACUGGGUGAGUAUUCGUUUCAGAUGACAUUGCUAAUACAAGUAGAUGUUCUUUCAUUAAUGUUCUAAAUGAUCAGAAGAUAAUUUUGCUCAAAUUUGUUUACCCAAUUUUAAUAAAAAUUUCUUAAUUUGUGUUUUAAAGAUAAACAAACGUCUUAAAGAGUGAGAAACAAUGAGAAAUGAUUUAUUUUGGAGCGAAGUAACCCUUUAAGUUUGAAAUCCACAUCUUUAACAUGAGGAAAUGAACAAAUACCUGAUAUGAGAGAAACAUUUAUCCACGUCUGAAAUUCAAAGCAGAGGAAAUGAGAAUCUUGUUUAGCUGAGGGCUCUCUGUGAUUCCCUUUAAAACCUGCUUUUAUUUUGCACUGUUUACAUAGUCAAAUCUAUGCAGUUUUAUUUUAUACAUAUGCUAUUCAUUAUUUUGUAGGAUUAAGGUUCUGGUAGAUCAAUUGUUGUGGUACUUUUGGUUUUCUUUGGACAGCCGACUUUUAUAUUUGUCUGUAAACCACUUGGAUGAAAUUGACAUUAUAGUAUUAUAGUGUAUUAUAUUGAGUUGAUUGUAUUAAUAAGAAUGGUAUUUCUGUUAAAGCUGAGCUUCUUAAUAACUGUAUAGGAACUGUAGCCAAAUAUCUGCCAAACCUAAAAUUAAAGAUUUUUUUAGUUUGUU